AUGGUCAUCAUUUCAACAGAAGCGACAAAAGUCACAGGCGUCGUCUCCUUCUAUAUGGCUGCGGCGCUCGUUAUGGUCUUCGUAAACAAGGCAACUUUGAACGCUAACCCGGACCUACCAUUGCUGUUUAUCUUCAACCAGCUAAUCCUCGCAGUGAUCUUCCUGCACAUCUCUGCGCUCUUCACAAAGCAUAUCGACCUCCCCCGCCUAUCGCUGCGAACUGCAAAAGACCUCUUCGCAGUCGUGUUCGUCAACAUUGUCGGACUUGCAUUUAACACCCUCUGUCUGCGGGAUGUCGAGGCGUCUUUCUUCCAGAUCGCACGGGGCAUGGUACUGCCUCUCACAAUCGCCGCAUCCUCCAUUCAAACCCGGAGCCGACCGUCAGCACUAGUCUUACUUGCCGCAGGUUGCGUAACGAUCGGCUUCCUCCUGGGAAUCGUACCCUCUCGUACUUUGCCAGUCCACGCAAUACCCUCCGGGCUCUCGCUGCUCUAUGGUUUCCUCAGCGCGCUAUUCAUCGCUGUCCAUGCAGUGUUGAUCAAGUCCUCCCUUCCGCAUGUGAACAACAGCGCCAUCCAGCUCGCAUACUGGACCAACCUUGGCUCAGCAAUCAUGCUCCUCCCGGUGAUCGUCUUCGACGGGGAAGCGUCUCGCCUCUUUGAACUUGUGACCAGCCAGAUACAGCCUUGGGACUGGAGACCGUUCCUCUGGGGAAGCCUCGUGACCGGCGUCUUUGGCUAUCUGCUCUGCGUCGCAGGCCUGCUAAGCAUCAAAGUGACAUCGCCCAUAACACACAUGUUUAGCUCGGCUGUGCGCUCCGUCCUCCAGGUACUGCUAGGCAUCUGGAUCUUUGGCGAUAUUUUGACCGUCAACCGUCUGCUCUCGAUCGGCACCAUCCUGCUUGGCACGAUGUACUAUACGUGGAUCAAGAGCCAGGAGAUGGCCAAGCCUAGGCAGGACAAGGAGCCGACGGAUGAGAAAGGAUGAUGCUCGAGGAACAGGAAGAAAAACAGGCGGAUGAGGAGAAAAGGUAAACGUGACAUCGAACACUGGAUCGUACACCCUCUAGAUAGACUUGUAAGGAAUUGACAUGUCCGAUCCGUCCAGGAUAGUACGAGGUUUCCUCCAUGACGGCAGUCAUCGAUUCAUCUGGCGACCGCGGCGAGCCAUUCGCCGUCCAGAUCGUGGUGGGACGUGUUAUCGGAGGCUGGGACGAGGGAAUACCCUUGCUCUCACUCGGUGAAAAGGCGAUUCCUGCACGCCUGAACCUACGGUGCUGCUGGACUGCCCCCUCUCAUCCCGAAGAAUACUAGCCUCAAGUUCGAGAUAGAAUUGCUCAAGAUCAACUGAACAAUAGAGUCGCAUUGCAUAAGCAUACUCAAUCCACAUUAAUUAGGCCCCUGUAGGGGCGAAAGAACGAGAAACAUCGCACACAUC